CUAAUGCUAUAAUAAUGACGGUUUAACCCAUGUAUUAAGGCUUGGACAGAAGGUUUCUGUAGAUGACCUAAAUUUGAUGUAGUUUGACGAGGUUCUUGUCCUAGAACCUAUAAAGAUAUAAAAAUUAUAUAAAAUUUAUAUACAAAUUUUAUUAUUCUUGAGAUACUUACCAUCAUAUUAGGAUUGAUUAAUCUAAAUGCAUCAAUAACAACUUUUCCUUUUACUGAUUGAAUAGGAUCAAUGACAACAGCAACAGCUCUUUCGCUAAGUGCUUCAAAUGACUGUUGUGUAUUGAUAUCUACUCCAGAUAACCAGCAACCAAAUCCUGGGUGAGAAUGGUACCAACCUACGACCAUUUCUGGUCUACCAGUUUGUUUAAGCAUAUCCAACAUUUUAGCUUGAAACACUGGAUCAACCGCUUCUACACUGACUCCCUAAAUAUUGAAAAAAUAUUUUUUAAUACUUAACUAAAUCUACUGUUAAAAAUAAAUAUACAUUAAUUAUUACCGUUCCCGUUUGUGGCAUGGCAAAAACAUCGAUUACACGCACAGUAUAAUCGUCUACAAAUUCGCCUAACAUCAAACCCAUAACUUCCAUAGGUACUCCAGCUCGGCCAUGUUUUAGCAUUUUUAAAAGUGCCAGUGAUGAAAUGUACACCUUGAAAUAUAUGAUAAAUUAUAGGAUAAUAAUGAAUUACAAAUUACAAAGUGAAUUACAAUAAAAUGUAAAUAGAAUACUUGUUCUGCAGUAUCAACGACAGGUGCAUCUGAUGGUGGAGGUCCUUGAUUCAAUGGAGCUGGUAAACCACCACCCAGUCGUAGAAGUCUAUCCAUUUUUUCUUUAUCUUAAACAUUUAAAUUAAAUAAAAAAAGCUUGUAUAAGUACAUAAGAAAUAUUUCUUAAAUUGUAAGCUAGAUUGAUACAGUAUAAUAGAGGUUAACUAAUAAUUUGGUUGUAUAAAUUUUUCAUUCUAUAUAUAUAUAUUAUAUUUUAGCGUAUUACAUACCAAAUAAUUCAAAUCCACGUUAAUAAAUAAUUGAUGUAUAGUUUUAUAUUCAACUGCACAAAAGAAAAUAUAAUCCAAUCAUUUCUUAUAAACUGACAACUCUCAAAUGUGCACACUCACCAGCGCGGCGUAUUGAAUACUUAGAAUGGCGGAACUGGAAGGAACUAUUUUAAAACUUUACUCAUAUUUAGCGAAUCUGAGAACAUUUAAAUAAUCGAAACUAGAAAGAUGUCUGGAAUCCUUCCACGGAAGUAUGGAACAGGACCGUAUGGAAUAGGUGAUCCUGAUGAUAAUACUUUAAGGAAGGUUGAAAUAGAUGUACUCAUACCACAAAUAAUACGAGAUAGAACAAAAAAAGAGAAAUGUUUGGCACAAGUUGAAGAAUUCACAAAAUGUUGUAAAGAAAAUAAUUUAAUGAUGAUAUUCAAAUGUAGACAAGAAAAUAAUAAAUUAAAAGAAUGCUUAGAAAAAUGGUUUUAUGAUAAAGAUUUUCAGAAGGAAUGUAAGGAAAUAUACCUUCAAGAAAGAACUGAAUUUAGAAAAACAAAUAUAUCAAAAAAAUCAGAAAAUAUAACUUAAUAUAACUUAAGCAAAUAUUUUUUUAGUAAUUCUUCGAGACUAAAUAAUAUUGAAUUAUUUGUAAUUAUAUAGAAAUAAAAUUUAAAAUAAAAAAUAUUUAUGUGUAAUUAUAAACUGGUACUUAUUACAGUCAAUACAUUAACUUACUUAAAGAUUUUUUAUAACUUAAUAAAG